UCCUGGGCCGGGCCCCAUGGCCCAGACCCCCCAGGCUCCCGAGGGCAUAUCCUGUGAGCUGCGAGGCGAGAUCACCAGGUUCCUGUGGCCCAAGGCAGCGGAGCUGCUGCUGAAAACCUGGCUGCCCCAACGCGAGGGUGCGGAACGGGGUCACGUCCUGGCACUGCUGCCAUGGAGAGCCUACCUGCUCCACACCUGCCUCCCCCUGAGGGUGGACUGCACGUUCAGCUACCUGGAGGUCCAGGCCAUGGCACUGCAGGAGACACCCCCUCAGGUCACCUUUGAGCUGGAGUCGUUGCCUGAGCUGGUCCUGGAGUUUCCUGGCGUGGCUGCCCUGGAACAGCUGGCCCAGCAUGUGGCCGCCGCCAUCAGGAAGGUCUUCCCUCACUCGACCCUUGGGAAGCUAUUCCGGAGGCCCACGCCCCCCUCCAUGCUGGCUCGCCUGGAGAGAAGCGUUCAUCCCUCCGAGGCCACUGCACCCAGCAGACCCUGUGGUGGCUUUGUGGAGACUUAUGAGGCUCUUUGCGACUACAAUGGCUUCCCUUUCCGAGAGGAGAUUCAGUGGGAUGUGGACACCAUCUACCAUCGCCAGGGCUGCCGCCAUUUCUGCCUGGGGGACUUCAGCCACCUGAGCAGCCGGGACCUGGCCCUGAGCGUGGCUGCCCUGUCCUACAACCUGUGGUUCCAGUGCCUCUCCUGCGUGGACAUGAAACUGAGCCUCGAGGUCUUGGAACAAAUUCUGCACGUGAUGAGUCAGUCUUCCCACCUAGAGGAGCUGGUGCUGGAGACCUGUGGCCUGAGGGGAGACUUCGUGCGGCGGCUGGCGCGGGUGCUGGCGGAACACCCGAGCUCUGGGCUGCGGGAGCUCAGCCUGGCGGGGAACCUGCUGGACGACCGAGGCAUGGCGGCCCUCAGCAAACACCUGGAGCAUCGGCCGGGCGCCCUGAGGAGACUCAGCCUGGCGCAGACGGGGUUGACCCCUCGAGGCGCGCGGGCCCUGGGCCGGGCGCUGGCCUCCAACGCCGCCUUCGACUCUGCCCUGACCCACCUGGACCUUUCUGGGAACCCCGGGGCGCUGGGGCCCUCGGAGGACACCGGGGGCCUCUACAGCUUCCUGAGCCGCCCCAACGUCCUGACGCGCCUGAACCUCGCGGGCACCGACGCGGCCCUGGACACUCUCUUCUCGGCCCUGGCCCGGGGCUGCAGCGCCAGCCUCGCGCACCUCGACGCCUCGAGGAACGUCUUCUCCCGCACGAAGCCCCGGGCCGCGCCCGCCGCCCUGCAGCUCUUCCUGCGCCGCGCCGGGGCGCUGCGGCACCUGGGCCUGGCGGGCUGCAAGCUGCCGCCGGACGCGCUCAGGGCCCUUCUGGAAGGCCUCGCGCUCAACACGCACAUGAGCGACCUGCACCUGGACCUCAGCGCCUGCGAGCUGCGCUCAGCGGGCGCGCAGGUGAUCCAGGACUUGGUGUGCGACGCCGCCGCCGUGACCUCCCUGGACCUGGCCGAGAACGGCUUCGGCUCAGACAUGGUGACCCUGGUGCUGGCCAUCGGGAGGAGCCGCUCCCUGAGACACGUGGCGCUCGGCAGGAACUUCAACGUCCGGUGCAAGGAGACCCUGGACGACGUCCUGCACCGGAUCGUCCAGCUCAUGCAGGACGACGACUGCCCGCUGCAGUCCCUGUCCGUGGCCGAGUCCCGCCUGAAGCUGGGCGCCAGCGUCCUGCUCCGGGCCCUGGGCGCCAAUCCCAACCUGUCGGCGCUGGACAUCAGCGGCAACGCCAUGGGGGACGCGGGCGCCAAGUUACUGGCCAAGGCCCUCCGCGUCAACACGCGGCUCCGGUCUGUGGUCUGGGACCGGAACCAGACGUCCGCUCUGGGCCUGCUGGACGUGGCGCAGGCCCUGGAGCAGAACCGCAGCCUGAAGGCCAUGCCUCUGCCCCUGAGUGACGUGGCCCAGGCUCAGCGCAGCCGCCCAGAGCUGACAGCGCGCGCAGUGCAUCAGAUCCAAGCCUGUCUCUUGAGGAACAACCACACGGGCCCAGUCUCUUCUGCCUGCACCUCCCAUCAGAAGGCACUGGGGCUGCUCUCAGACCCCUCGGAGCAGGAAGUGAACGAGCUGUGUCAGUCGGUGCAGGAGCACGUGGAGCUGCUGGGCUGUGGAGCCGGGCCCCAGGGUGAAGCUGCUGUGCGCCAGGCCGAGGAUGCCAUCCAAAAUGCCAACUUCUCUCUCAGUAUUCUCCCCAUCCUGUAUGAGGCUGGGAGCUCCCCAAGCCAUCAGUGGCAGCUGCGGCAGAAGCUGGAGGGCCUCCUGGGACAGGUGGGCGAGGUCUGCCGCCAGGACAUUCAGGACUUCACUCAGACCACCGUGGACACAACAAGGAGCCUCUGCCCUCAGAUACUGCAGGGCCCCCGGUGGAGGGAGCAGCUAGAGGGGCUCCUGCUGGACUCCAGGACCCUCCCAGAGCUGCUCCCGGAGCACCUGCUGCAAGAUGCCUUCACUAGGCUCAGGGACAUGCGACUUGCCGUCACGGGGACCUUGGCAGAGAGCAUUGUGGCUCAGGCCCUGGAGGGUCUGAGUGCAGCCCGGGAUCGGCUGGUGCAAAGUCUGGCUCAGCAGGCGACCGUGGCAACGCCCCCCGCCCUACCGGCCCUGGACGGAGGAGAGCCCAGCCCCCUCGCGUCUGCGUCUGGGGAGUUGGACGGCCUUUUCUUCCCCGACGACGAGGAGGAGGAGGACGACAGCGCCCCAGAGAAACGGCCCGAGACCAGCCGCCGCCUUCACCUGGCCCCCUCCGCUCCCAGUGCCGCCGCGGACCCGGAGCAGGAGCCGGCGCUGGCGGCUCCCGGAGAAGAUGCGGAGCCGCAGGCAGGGCCGUCCGCGCGCGGCUCGCCGAGCCCCGCCACCCCCGCGCUGCAGGCCGGGCCGCUGCCGCGCAUGGACCUCCCACCCGCCGGGCAGCCCCUGCGCCAUCCCACCCGGGCCCGGCCGCGGCCGCGGCGCCAGCACCACCAUCGCCCGCCGGCGGGGGGUCCCCAGGUGCCCCCAGCCCUGCCACAGGAAGGGAAUGGGCUCAGCGCCCGGGUGGACGAGGGCGUGGAAGAAUUCUUCUCCAAAAGGCUAAUCCAGCAGGACCGCCUCUGGGCUCCUGAGGAGGACACGGCCACCGAGGGGGGUACCACCCCCGUCCCACGUACGCUGCGGAAGAAGCUGGGCACCCUUUUUGCCUUCAAGAAGCCUCGUUCAACACGUGGGCCCCGGCCUGAUCUAGAGACCAGCCCUGGGGCAGCUCCCCGUACCCGGAAAACCACACUUGGGGACUUGCUUAGGCCCCCAGCCCGUCCUGGCCGGGGCGAGGAGCCCGGUGGGGCCGAGGGCGGCAGCCCCGACCCUACUCGCAGGAGCCGACCUCGCUACACGCGGGAGAGCAAGGCCUACUCCAUGAUACUUCUGCCUGCGGAGGAGGAGGAGGCGACUCUGGGUGCCAGACCCGACAAGCGGCGGCCUCUGGAGCGGGGGGAGACGGAGCUGGCCCCGUCCUUUGAACAGCGGGUACAAGUGAUGCUGCAGCGCAUCGGCGUGAGCCGGAGCAGCGGGGCCGCUGAGGGCAAGAGGAAACAAAGCAAAGACGGCGAGAUCAAGAAGGCCGGCUCGGACGGUGACAUCAUGGACAGCUCCACGGAGGCGCCGCCCAUCUCCAUCAAGUCCCGCACCCACUCGGUCUCUGCUGACCCCUCGUGCAGACCUGGGCCGGGGGGCCAGGGCCCCGAACCCACCACCUGGAAGUCGCUGGGGCAGCAGCUGAACGCCGAGCUCAGGGGCCGUGGCUGGGGCCAGCAGGAUGGCCCCGGCCCCCCCUCCCCUGGCCCCAGCCCCCGAAGAGCCACCCCGUCUCCAGACAGCUUGGGCCUGCCCGAGGACCCCUGCUUAGGGCCCAGGAAUGCAGAACGGCCCCUGCGGCUGCAGCGCUCCCCUGUCCUCAAGCGCAGGCCAAAGCUUGAGGCGCCCCCCUCUCCCAGCCUAGGAGCUGGUCUUGGAGCGGAGCCUCUGCCUGCACAGCCCACAGAGCCGCCCAGCCCGGAGCAGAACCCCCCCUCCCCAGCCACAGACCAAAGAGGCGGCGGCCCUGACCUCUGACCCUCCCCUUUCCUGCCGCAUGAGAUUAUUUUAUUAAAAAACUCAAAGGAAGAG